AUGUACUGCAUGAUAUUUGCACCGUUCACAGGAAAAGACAACCAUGGGAGACAUGUAGCAUUUGGUGCAGGCUUAUUAUCUAAAGAAAAUGUUGAUUCCUUCUCAUGGUUGUUUGAACGUUUUGUCAAAUGUAUGGGUUCUGCACCAAAAUUGAUCAUUACUGAUCAGGAUUUGGGAAUGAAGGUUGUUGUGGAAAGAGUCCUUGUUGAUACAAGACAUCGAAGGUGCAUGUGGCACAUCAUGUUUAAGGUUGUGGAAAAGUUAUCAAAGAAUCUACUAGGCAAUGAAGACUUGAAAAAUGAGUUAAACAAUUGUGUGUGGUUUGAGUUGAUAGUGCCUGAAAAAAAUCAUGAAGAAUGGAAUAAAGUGCCUGCAUUCUUUAGGGAUUUUCCAAUGAGUUCACUAAUAAAGACCACAUCAAUAUCCGAAUCUCAGAACAUAUUCUUCAAGAGGUACUCCAAGUCUCGUUCUAAUCUUGUUGAAUUUCUUAUGAAUUACAACAAUGAAUUGGAUGGCCAAAGGAGCAACAACAAUAGGCUAGAAUACUUGGAUUUUAACACAAUUCCAACUUUGAAAACUAAUUCAGCCCUCGAGAAGCAUGCUUCGACAAUAUAUAGUGAUAGUGGUUUCAAACUAAUUCAAAGUUAUAUUGAGGAAGCAGUUGACAAUGUCACUAUGGUGACAGUGUCAAUCAUUGGUGAGAAUGAGAUUUAUACAGUCAACGACAAGUUCUCGAAGAACUGGACUGUGUCAUACUCCACAUCUUUUGAUUCAUAUGCAUGUAGUUGUAAGAUGUUUGGGAGGCUUGGGCUUGUAUGCAGUCACAUUUUUUGGGUCUUGAGAAACAAAAAAAUGAAAUUAAUCCCUAAUGAGUUACAUGGAGGACGUUGGUUGAAGUCUAAAUUUGUCAAUGUUGUGCAUUGUGGGAUUGAUGAUGAUAUUGAAACAUUUAUUGUUGUGGAUGAGACGAAGCAGGAGUAUAGGGAUAUGCAUGGAGAUUUUUAUGAUAUUGCACGGCUUAUUGAAGGAGAUGGUGAUAAAAUUCGAGCAUUUAGACAAAUUAUGGCUGAAGGGAGAAAAGAAGUACUUGGUGAGGGAAAUGUGUUGUCAAUUAGUGAAAAGAGACUAAUGAUUGAGAAGUUAUAUGGAUCACAUGUCCCUAGUCAAAUAGAUGUUCAUCCCCCAGAUGUCGUCAAAACCAAAGGUUCCGGUCGACGUCUUUCCCGGCUUGAGAAGGAAAUGAGAGAGAUGUCCAAGCCUGGUCGGAAAUGUGAAAAAUGUGGCGAGGUUGGUCGGCAUGAUUCAAGAAAUUGUGACAAGAUACAAGAGGAGAAGAAAAAAAAAGAGGACAAACCAAUGUUGAAGCUGGUUGUUUUAUUACUUCAUUAUCAUAUUUCUGUUCUUCAUUCUCUUACUUCUGUACUUCAGUCCUGUAGUUUCUUCAUUUACAUUUUGAAUUUGAAUUUGUUAAAACUUUUUGCAAGCUUAAAGAGAAUAGACUGA